AUGGCUGAGUCGGUCCGAGUAAUAUGUCGCUGUCGCCCGUUCAAUCAGCGCGAGAUCAAGCUCGACUCCAAGGUAAGGUUAGGAGAUGUAGGUGUAUCUUAAUUAGAGAGAGAAGAAGACUGUGCAGUAUAACAAUUUUUAGUGACGUAAGACAUCUGUUGUACCUAUAUUGUCACUUUAGUGUAAUCAUAUUGUUCAAUUUCAGUCAUGUAUCGAAAUGGACAUGGCCAAAGGCCAAUGUGCCCUACAAGCACCAGACGCCCCUCCCAAGGUGUUCACCUUCGAUGGCGUCUACUACAUGAAGUCGACGUCAGAGCAGAUCUACAAUGACAUUAUCUAUCCACUGGUCGAGAACGUGGUCGAGGGGUAUAAUGGUACGGUAUUCGCGUAUGGCCAAACGGGUUCAGGGAAGACAUAUUCGAUGCAAGGUGAUGACAAGGUCCAAGCGGCCCGAGGCAUCAUUCCGCGGACUUUUGAACAAAUUUUCGAAUCGAUCGCCGUCGUUUCAGAGACAAAAUUCUUGGUGCAUGUAUCAUAUCUUGAAGUAAGUAUCAUCGUAUAUUGUAGAAGGUAGUGGACCUUCAUAACCAAAAAUAUCUUUGUCUUACUGUAACUUUCAGAUUUACAAUGAAGAAAUCAGAGAUCUACUCGGUGAGAACCGCCAGCAGAAGUUGGACAUCAAGGAACGAGGAGAUCGUGGCGUUUACGUAGCUGGCCUCUCGAUGCACGUUUGUCACAACGUGAACGAUUGUUUGAAACUAAUGGAUAUCGGCUUCAACAACAGACAUGUUGGAGCGACACUGAUGAACAAAGACUCCAGCAGAUCCCAUUCGAUAUUCACCAUCUACGUAGAAGCACUAGCUGAGAGUAGUGGUACCAUCAGAAUGGGUAAACUGAAUCUGGUCGACUUGGCUGGCAGUGAGCGACAAGCAAAGACUGGAGCUACUGGAGAGCGGUUCAAAGAAGCGACCAAGAUCAAUCUGUCGCUCUCAGCCUUGGGUAAUGUAAUAUCAGCAUUAGUAGAUGGUAAAUCGAGUCACAUUCCUUAUCGAGAUUCAAAGCUCACACGACUGCUACAAGAUUCCCUUGGUGGCAACACAAAAACAGUGAUGAUCGCCUGUAUAUCACCGUCUGACAAUAACUACGACGAAACACUGUCAACGUUACGGUACGCCAACAGAGCCAAGAACAUCAAGAACAAGCCCAGAAUCAAUGAAGACCCUAAAGACGCGCUUCUACGUGAAUAUCAGCAAGAAAUCGAACGUCUCAAGGGUCUAGUGCAACAUCACGACGUAGGUAAACCACCUCAGGACAUGGAAGAGGUCAAGAAGAAACUCCGCGAAGAGUUCGCGCUUCAGAUGGAGCAACUUCGUGAGAGUUACGAACAUGAGCAGAAGAGCAAGGCCAAGUUGGAAGAAGACCUGAACAAACUGAAGCGACAGUACGAGAGAGCAUCAGCCGAGGUGGAGGCGGCCAAGAAGUCAGAGGACCCGAUGAAUGAAGCCGAAGCCAAGAAGCGACUCGAGCAACUUGAGCAACAACUCGUUGGAGGAGAAGAGGCCAACAAUGAGGCGCUGAAGCAGAAGCGCUUCAAGAAGAUGAAGGAGGCCGAGAAGAAGAUGCAGCGGUUGGCAGGUAUGUUGUUUACGAUACAAAUGAUUUGACUAGUAAUAAUUCAUUUAGGGCUGUAUGACACUUUGUUUUAUCUUGUUUAUAGAAUCAUUGAACGUGCACAAAGACGACCCUCUGCUUCACGUGUACAGCUCCACACAAGACAAGCUAGACGCACUCACCAAGCAAUAUAACCUCGAGAUUGAAAAAGUAAGAUGAAUGGGGUUAAUUAAAACUACAGUAUUACAAGUUAAAUUCAUUUUAAAGAAUAUAUUUGUUGAUUACUUUAAAAACAUGUCUUUGAUGAAUAUAAUCAUUGUCAAUUCACAUAACGUUACUCUGUCUCUUUAAGGUUCGUGGCCUAGAAGCCGAGAUUCAUGAUUUGCACGGUGAAUUCGAACUAGACCGGUUGGACUACCUAGAAACGAUAAGGAAGCAAGACCAACAACUGAAACUUCUACAAAAGAUUCUGGAGAAAGUGCAUCCGUUGAUACGAAAGGAUUCCAACUACCACGAUCUCCAGAAGAUCAAGAAGGAAGCCGUCUGGAACGAGGAUCACGGUAAAUGGAUUCUGCCAGAAGCCAACACAAUGAAGGGAGGACUACCUAACGCUGCUCAUGGUAUGUCUUAUAUACCUUAUAAUCGUAUUUUACAUGUUUUACGUAUAACUUACUCUGCCUUUAAGUAACCAAAUUAUAUUACAGUAUCAACGAUGCCCACCUCACAAUCCGGCCUGAGCGACGACUACCUGGACGACGACUCCAGUAGCGAGACUCGGCUCAAGAAGCGGCUGGAAGAAAGCGCAGGUUCUGACUUUGUAAAUAAUUACUUCAAAUCCCCAUCGCGGACGAAUGUGGUCAAUAAGUACAGUGUCGAAAGCAAUAAGAGGGGUGAGUGAUAAUUACGAUAAGAUAAUCUGCCUCGCAUAACAAUACUAGUAUAUUUACAUGCCCGCGAACCUAGUCAUUACCACAAAUCUCGGUAUUUACUGUACAACUUGCUGCUGCAUUACACUGACAUUACAGUAAUCUUUUGUCAAACAGUAGUGUUUAUUAUUCCAAUAAUGUGUAGAGUAGCCUUAAAGCUUCUUUAAUUUGGGUUUUCCGUUGACGUUUUGACCCUUACGAAACCUACUACAAUAUUGUGGAAACUUUCUAAAAUAUUGUCUUUAAAACUGAUGUCGUUUUGCAGAUAAGGCCAACUUUGUUCAACGCAACACCAAGACAGACGGUCUGCUGAAUGGGGUCUUGUACACGGACGACCUUUACGGCCAACACCAGCUAGACCAGCGCUCCAGCAGCGCCCUCAAGAAACCCCAACGCCUGGAAGCACUUCAGGUGUCGCGGAACAAAUCGUUCGCCUGA